CGCAUAUCCCCUCUUCCGCAUCGACCAUGUCGUCCGCAAUCCUCAGGCAGGCCUCCUUCGCCGCUCGCGCAGCGACGCGCUCGUGCGCAUUCUCGACCUCUGCGGCCGCGCGGAAAGACUUCGUGCAGGAUCUGUACAUCAAGGAGCUCAAGUCCUACAAGGCCCCGGCCCCCGCCAAGGACGCCCACGUCGGCGUCGUGAAGUCGUACGCGCUCCCGCCCGCGCCGCAGGCCCCGGCGCUGCCCGCGGACCUCGCCUCGGAGCUGUCGGCGUACGACGCGGCGGAGCCGACGUUCGCGAGCGCCGCGAAGGCCACGGAGGAGCAGCACACCGGCCCCACGGGCGCGGAUGCGUUCCUCUCUUUCCUCGAGGCGGACGAGCCCAAGGCGGAGGCGCACCACUAGAGUGCUGGGGUGGGCUACCGGGUGUAGAAGGCAGUUGAGAGUCAAGUAGACGGAGGUGCGAAAAUGUGCUAGAGGACUGGUGUAAUGCAGCCUCUGGUUCGGACAUGCUAUUCCACAUCGAAGACCGGCGUGCUAUACUACAGGGGGUAUAAACCUACUCAUCAUCCUAUAGCCUACUGGCAUCGGAUCUUAGCUUGUGUGUCCGAUGCCACGAUGCGAUGCUUUUGGCCAAUGCAUACGGCGUCGGCUUUUCAG